AUGUUCACCCUUCCAUUCCUUUUGGCUGCCGGCAGCCUCCCCCUCAUUUCCGGGGCGCCGAUAGCAUCCUCUCUCUACACCAAGUCUGCACGCGCAGAGUCCAGUCCUUCUCUCAAUGAACGCAGUACUAGUCUUAUUGGUAUCUAUGCUGCGGUUUUCGGUGGUGAUGGUUUAGUUUCCGAUGGCUGGCCUUCCAUCUCCGAGUGGUUCUCCUCCUUCGAUGAACUCUUCGAGGCCAACGAGGACCUCAUGUCCUCCAGCUGCGCUCAAUGGGACGUGGCUAACAACUCCGACGAGGAGAACGCCAACCUCAAGAAGGCCAUCAACGAAGUUGCCGAGUCUAGCGGCGUUGACGCUCGCUACAUUCUCUCCAUCGUUAUGCAAGAAUCCGUCGGAUGUGUCCGUGUCCAAACCACCGAUAACGGUGUCAACAACCCUGGUCUCAUGCAAAGCCACAACGGCAAAGGCUCCUGCAAUAUCGACGGCACUGUCCAGAACCCGUGUCCCUACUCCGAAAUCAAGCAGAUGAUCGUUGAUGGUGUCGAAGGUACCACCGAUGGUGAUGGUCUCAAGCAGCUCAUCGCCCAAGAGGGUGGUUCCGACGAUGCUACUUCCUACUACAAGGCCGCCCGCUGCUACAACUCCGGUUCCAUCGCCUCCGAUGGUAACCUCGGCCAGGGCAUCGCCACUCACUGCUAUGUCUCUGAUGUCGCCAACCGUCUUCUGGGCUGGACCUCCGGUACUAGCAGCUGUGAGACCAACACCGUCGGUGACCUGGAGAGUAGCAACUGGACAGGUAGCUCAAGCAGUGGCUCUGGUAGCUCUUCUGCAUCUUCGUCUACCUCGACCUCUACCUCCAGCGCUACACCCGAGUCUACUCCCGUCUCCAGCACUGUCCCCGAGCCAACGAUCACAUCCAGCGCCGUCCCUGAGCCAACAACCACCUCUAGCUCCGUUCCUACUCAAACGCCAGAGCCUAGCCCUGCGCAGCCAACAACAACGUCGAGCCCCGUGGUUCCCACACCAGCUGCAUCCAGCACCACCAUCCCCAGCGCCACGCCUAGUGCGUCGGCAUCGUCAGUCCCUACCUACCCAUACGCUACCUCAUCAUGCUCCGAGUACUACUCCGUCGUUGACGGUGACUACUGCGAGAAGGUCGAGAGCCUAUACGGUAUUACUGCGUCUCAAUUCCGAGGUUGGAACUCGGGCUUGGACGAAAAAUGCUCCAAUCUCUGGAAAGGAUACAAAUAUUGUGUCAAGGCAUAG